CAUCACAAAAACUCGAAAAUAAUCAUAACAAAGAGAGGCAGACCUGGACAACGCUGUUUUUUGCCGCAAAAAAACUGAAUACAUUAACCGGACGAUGCUGAAGUGAGUUUUCACCGAUUAAAUUGUUAUAGAGAGUGCGGCGUAGAAGUCAUUUUGACAGAAACCAUGAAGCGACUUUUCAAAAGGCGCAGCUCUGAUCCGAAUCCUCAGCUAGAGAGCCUAUCGACUCUUUCAGAAAAUGAUGGUACUCAGACAACUAAAACCCGCGUUCCCAGCACCGAGAGUGUUGGACCUUCCAAACCGAAUCUUUCAACUUGGGGAAAAGCUUGGGAAAAAUUAAAGCGCGGCGAUUCUGCGGAAUCGUUACCGGGCAAUUCGAAACGUCGUCAUUGCUCGCCGCUUAAGAAACAAACCAACGAUUCGGCAUUAGCCGAUUCGAAAGGAGACAUGACGUUUUCCGAAAUCGACGUUAAAAAGGUGUACGACAUGUACAGGAACACUAACAACGCUAAUCCUACUAAGAAAACUGAUAAGUCUUUCAAAUCGCGUAAAUCUAAAUGCGUCUCCGAUAAUAUAGAGUUAAGUCAGCAGCAGUUCUUAGAUUACUUGCUUCUGAUGAAACCGAAUUCGGAAAAUUUGGACAAGAUCUUCGAUGACGACAAAGUAACCGCGUCGCAGAAACUUUCCAGUUUAAGUGAGGAAAAGAUCCCGCGAAGAUCGCGAUUGAGGUCAUUUUUCUCCAAACGAUCUUCAAGCAAAUCAGACGACGAAGCCGAUAUCAGCUACAAAAGUAAUCAAAAAUCUUCUUCCACUGAUAGUUUGACGGGGUUGCUCAACUAUAUUAUCCCCAAACGGUUAACCAGGUCUCCGAAAGUCAAACCCAAAUUUCAAUGCGACGAAAGCGGUUAUGGCAGCGACUCUACCAAAGCAGCCAGCAUCGAUUCACCGAUAGGAUCGAUAAAAUCACAAACCAGUAACACUACGGAUUCAGAUCUGGAUAAAACGUUGGAGAACAAAUUUUACAAUGAAGACACGGAUACAGCUGACGAGGACUGCGAAACGACUUAUAAUUUUAGCAAAUUUUACGCUAGAAGCCCGACAAAAAAUUACUCGGCCAAGAAACGACCCAGAUCUCAAUCCAGGGAGGACGAGGAAGCAGAGUUAAGAAUGAAAAGACCGAGUGUAAGACUGAAGCGAUCACCAAGCAAAGCCGAGAAGCUGAAGAUGUCAAUCGAAGACCUCAGCCAAACAUGUUACGACAAAUUUAGGAACCUCAAACUGAAUAACGAAUACACUUGCGAAACCACACAGAAAAUAGAGACAGGCAGCGUGCUAGAUAAGGAAUAUAAAUGCGUGAGGUUAAGGAUGGCUGAUAAUGACGUGGUUGGUAUUAAAAUAUCCCCUAACUAUGGACGAAAUUCGACUUCUACCUACACGAUUUCGGAAAUUCUCCCCAAUUCAGCAGCAAUUAGGAAUAGUAAUUUGGAAAUUGGAGAUGAAAUCGUGAAAAUAAACGGAAUUAGAAUGAGAGGAUUGCCCUACUCCUCGGUACUAAACCACUUGGUGCCGAUUCGUGGUGAAAUGGAACUGGUAAUCUCGCGCCUGCCCCCUCAGCCAGCCAAGCCGAAAAAGAGGAACAACUCCUUUACGUCUUUUUUGACAAGGGGCGGCACAAGAAUAUCGAAAAAAGACAAAAAAGAAAAUCGGGCAGUCGGAAAAACCAGCUCCGAGUGCAAAAUACCAAAAUCGGUGGGACUUUCCGACAUACUGAACGACAGAGAAACUAAGUUAUCGUUCAAUGAAAAACCUGACCCUAUCAGGAAUAAUAUUGGUUUAAGUACCAGUGACAAUAACGCUAAUCGCGUGGGGAUGAGAAAAUUUUCGAUAUCUUCGCUAGCUUCUACUCGCCCCAUUGGUAAACCGAUCCAGAUACCAACGACGCGGGUUAAAAUGGGGGACAAAACUCUGACGUUCUUGAAAGGCCCCGGCCAAAAAUCCCUAGGCUUCUCUAUAGUUGGAGGAAAAGACUCUCCUAGAGGUCCAAUGGGGAUAUAUGUGAAAACCAUUUUUAAACAGGGACAAGCAGCUGAUUCGGGAAUUUUAAAAGAAGGUGACGAAUUGUUAUCCAUUAAUGACCAUUCUUUCCAAGGCUUGUCGCAUUUGGAAGCGGUGGCACUGUUUAAAAACAUAAAAUUCGGUACAGUAACUAUGGAAGUAGCGAGUAGGCAUCCGUUUAAACUUUUUUCUAAUUCUCUAUAGUUUAUAUUUAUUACUAAUGUGUAUUUUCGAAUAUUAUUUGAAAUGCGUUAACCGACAGGUGCGAUAUUUAAUUAAUUAACGGAAUAUUGUUAAUCAACACGGGAUAAUAAAAAUUUAAUAGAACAAAAACAAGAGAAAAGAAAAAAUAAGUUAUUUUUUUGAAUUAUUUCAUUGAGAAUCAUAAAUCUUAUUUAGGGCGUAAAUUUUCUUAAGGUUUAAUAUUUGAAUUGUCUUUUGAGUGUUGCCUUUAAUUUUGUUAGAUUCUUGUUUUAGGAAUUUUUAAUAUUCAGACUACUACAAACAGAAAGUUCCUAAUACUGAAUAAUUUAUAAUUAAACCAGUGCAAAUUCGAUAUUGGUUUUCUCAGUUGUAGAAUUUUCGCGUAAAAUUUCACAAUUCUAAACGGCCCACCUGCUUCUUCUGACAAAUUUAAAUGACGAUUCAUAUAAAAAAAAUAUGAAAUAUAUUUGUACAUAGUCGACCGGUUUAACUUCGAUCUAACCUAUUUUUAGGUUUUGGUAUCAAUAACGAUUAACUAAUUGCAAAAUAAUAAACGAUGACAAUAAAGUUCUUCUGUUGUCUGUAUUUUGCAACAGAACAACCGCAAAUAGUUUCAACUGGAGAAUUUUAUUAACACUUAAUACUAGGUUCCCUAAAUAUUAAAAUUAAAAAUCGAUGCAUUUUUUAAACUUCUUACAUAUCCGAGUCCACGUCAAGGAAAUAAAAUAAAGUUCAUGGGUCUCGAGCAUGUUGACGAGAGAUAACCACGCAUUUCCAAGAUGUGAGAGGCCUAUUUACUCAAAAAUACUUUGACAUUCAAAAGCGUCGUACCAAAAUAUCUGCAUAUUUCAAAUUCUCGCAAACGUUUCUCAUUCAGCGAACGAAAAUAACGAAGGUUUCAGAUGGCAAUUCGCGGAGCAAAUACGACCUUCCAAAUAACCUUUUUUAACGUUCAAUGCAUCCCGAUUGUUAAAAAAAGUUCUAACUUCAUUAAAUUUAACAUCCCAAGCUUUCAAAAUGUACUUACUAAUUAUAUAUACAAGUUUACUUAUAUUCAGUAUAGUACUAAUAUAAAGUUUUGGGCAUUCUGUAUGGGAUUCGACACGCUUUGAAAUGGUUCUCGAAAAUAUUUUUAGGGAUUUGAAGUUAAGAGUGUACCGAAUUAAAAUUAUUCCUGAGUGUGAAAACUUUACGGCUUUUAUGUUCAAAUUGUUCGUUCGUUCGUAUAUAAUUAUAAAUUUUCAUGUAUAUAUAGUUUGUAAAUUCGGAGUUUUUGUUUAAUUUUCGCAUUGCAAUUUUUGUAAAUUACAAACACCAUAAACGUUUAAUAA